AUGUCAGGUCAUCACCAUCAUCACGAUCAUGGCGGCCAUUGCCACGGAGAAGAUGGCCAUGAUCACUCCAACGACAUCACCCCUGCCAUCCAAUCCCUCCUCUACUCCCAAAUCCAAUUUGAUGCGAUCACUACAUUGAACGAGGCCAGUCCCAAGUCUGGCGCCGCGAUUGUGAAAAAGACAUGGUCUGAAAGACUGAACGAUGAACCGGAGCUGGAAAGCGACGCGGAUGAACAGUUGCUGAUGUAUAUUCCAUUCACCGGCCAAGUCAAAGUCCACUCCCUCCUCAUCUACACUGCCCCCUCCCCAUCCGCCCCGAAGACCCUAAAGCUAUUCAAGAACCGCGACGACCUGGACUUCGGAACAGCCUCGGACCUAAAGCCCACGCAGACAGUCGAAAUACCCCAACCUGUGCCGGGUGCAGAUGUUUUCGAGUUGCCGCUGAACCGGGCACAUUGGAACGCGACUACUUCCAUCACUCUCUUCUUCGAGGAUAAUUGGAGCGAUGGGGAAGAAGACGUCACCAAGGUCGGGUAUAUUGGUUUCAAGGGACAGUUCAUGGCAUUGAAUAGGGAGCCGAUCAGUUUCUUGUAUGAGGCGGCUGCGAACCCAGGUGAUCAUGUUGCUAUUCAGGGUGUGAAUGGAGUGGGGAGCAGGAUUCUGUGA